AUGAACGGUCUUCAAACACUCAAGCAGUGGCGCACAUUCUUCAACAACCCGGAGGGCGCCAUCCUCGGUCUGAUCAAUGCCGUCUACCCCCUGGGCAAGGUCGUCGCCCUCUUUCUCGUCGCAUGGGUUUCGGAUCGCUACGGGCGACGACUCCCCCUCCUCAUUGGCUUGGUCACCUGCAUCGGCUUUGCCAUCAUGCAGGGUCUUGCUCAGACGCUGCCCGCGUUUGUCACGGCCAGGGCCCUGCUCGGUUUCUUCACCUCGUUCAUCAGCCAGCCGAGCCCGAUCCUCAUCAGUGAGCUGGCUUACCCGACGCAGCGUGGUAAGCUGACUGCGCUGUACAACACCUUCUUCUAUGUCGGCUCGAUCUACGCUGCUUGGUGCACGUACGGCACGUUCAAGAUCGGGUCCACCUGGAGCUGGAGAAUCCCUUCGCUGCUGCAGGGCUCGCUGCCUAUCUUCCAGCUGCUCGGAUUGUGGUUCCUACCCGAAUCCCCUAGAUGGCUUAUCUCCAAGGGCCGGAAGGAAGAGGCUCGUGCCAUUCUUACCAAGUAUCAUGGCGGAGGCGAUCCCAACUCUACGCUGGUCGAGUUCGAACUGCAGGAAAUGGAGCUUGUGAUCACGGAGGAGGCAGAUACGGUCUCGCAGUCCUCGUGGCUCGAGCUGUUCCGCACCCCGGCCAACCGGAGACGGACCCUCAUUGCCGCCGUCGUAGGCUGGUUCAGUCAGUGGGCCGGCAACGGAGUCGUCAGCUACUACCUGGUCCUGGUGCUCAACACCAUCGGGAUCACCGAGACCAAGGACCAGGCCCUCAUCAACGGCCUGCUCAACAUCUUCAACUGGAUUGCCGCCAUCUUCGCCGGCGCCAUGAUGGUCGACCGCCUCGGCCGCCGCACGCUGUUCCUGGCUUCGACGGCGGGCAUGGCGGCCAGCUACGCCGUCUGGACCGCCCUCACGUCUCACUUCGUCGACAGCAAGAACGAGGCGACCGGCCGCGCCGUCGUCGGCUUCAUCUUCAUCUUCUACUUCUUCUACGACAUCGCCUGGACGCCGCUGCUGCAGGCCUACCCCGUCGAGAUCUACCCCUACACGCUGCGCAGCCGCGGCCUGUCCUUCACCUACAUCGUCUCCUUCGUCGGCCUCAUCGUCGGCAACCAGGUCAACCCGAUCGCGAUGAAGGCCAUCGGCUGGAAGUACUACCUCGUGUUCUGCUGCCUGCUGUGCGUGCUGUUUGUCAUCAUCUGGUUCCUCUUCCCCGAGACAAAGGGCCACACGCUCGAGGAGAUCCGCGAGGUCUUCGAGGGGCCCCGCGCCGCCGUGCUGGACAAGGUGGCCGCUGCCGAGGCCGGCCAUUACGAGGCGGCUGGCGAGACCAAGAAGGAGGAGAAUGCGGAGGAGAUCAAGCGUGUCUAA